GAUCAAUGUUAUCUGAGAGUUGUUGCACUUGAAAUAAGCGACAUCAAAGAUUCGACAUCUUUGACGACAAAACAGAUGAUAGACUGACAUAGUAGUUUAAGAGUUUGUCAAGAUAUUCAUAGCCUGAAAAUAUGUACGACCGACCUGUAAGUCUACAGGACUGCUGUGUUGAUUUCAUCUGUGAUAAUUUAGAAGAUUUAUGUGAUAUCCAGUCAUCACCUGAGAGUCCUCAUCCCAAACACAUACUUAAAGAUCCAGAUGUGUUUUUUCAUACUAGUUUGUCUGAACAAUUGCUCUCAACAUUGAAUCAAAAGGGGAAAUUAAAUGACAGUACUAUUGGUAUAUUUCAACCAUCACACACGUCCCUGAGAAGGGUUUCAAUCAAAGAUGCACAGCUCACAACAAAAGGUUUACGUGUUUUUAAAUCGCAUAAACUCUCUGAAGUUGAAAUAACUGGACUGAAGAGCGUCACAGUGAAUGAUUUAAUUGGUUGUCUUGGAGAAUGGACGCUUGCAAAUUUGCGUUUGCUAAAUGUUAGUAACAGUACAUUUUUGAACAGUGCAAAGUUCUGUGUUGUUGUUUCUCUUUCAAAGUUACAAACUUUACAGUUUCUAAAUGUCAGUAAUACAGAAUUUAACAAACAUGGCUUGGAGAUAAUAGCAGAAGAUCUACCUUGUCUAGAAAGUCUGGAUAUUUCGGGUACCCCAAUUAACGAUAUAUCACCACUACGGAAAUGUAAAGACAGAUUAAAAAUGUUAUCGAUGUAUAACCUUAUGAUUAGUAACACAGAAGAAAUGGUCUCCGUUUUAUGUGAAUUGUCAAAACUGGUAUAUUUAGACGUAUCUGAUAAUUCAUCCGCUCAGCCAUUCCUGAAUUACCAACAAUCAAAGUUUGAUAUAUCACAGCUUUUAUGUCGUACAACGUCACAUCCCAGUUUAUCAUCAUUAGAUAUAUCCGGUCGAGAUGAUGUUCCUGAAGAUGUUAUCAGGGAAUAUAUGGAAAGUCAUAGAAAAUUACGAUUCCUUGGUCUGGCAUUGACUCAUACAUGUGAAUAUUCUAUGUUUAUGAUGGAAUCACCAGAUUAUAGGCCUGGUAUUGUUGUAACUGGAGAAGCUGAUGAGACUCAGUUAAAAGAGACAUUAAAACGUUAUGUGUCACGUUGCAUGUAUAUACAGAGAGCUUUGUAUAGGUUAUUUAGUUUCUCACAACAUAUGACAGAACCUAGAGAAGAUAUUAUCAGGUUGGUUAUUCCUGCAAUGAAGGCUCAUCCUAAACAGUUAGGUGUACAGAUGGCAGCCACAGCUUGUUUGUAUAAUUUAUCUAAGAGUGAACUCGGUCCUAAGAUUCACCCUAUGUGUUUAAGAGAUAUUGUUGAAUUAACUUUAAAAGCUAUGGAACAAUUCCCUAGUCACCAACAGCUACAGAAGAAUGCUUUGUUAACUUUAUGCAGUGAUAGAAUGUUACAAGAUGUGUCGUUCGAUCGUUACAGGUGUGCAAAACUAGUCAUGGAUUGUUUAUGUGCUUUUGAUGAUCCUAGUAUGAACCGAAUGUCUGUAGCUAUCUGUUCUAUUUUAGCUGCUAAAAUAUCUACAGAAGAAACUUCAGUACUCGGAGCAAAAUCUAGAUAUAUGAAGAAAUUACUUGGUCUGGUUAAACAAAAAGUCGAUAAUCAGUUAAUUGAUAUUACUCUCAAAUUCACACUCAGUGCUCUAUGGAACCUCACAGAUGAGUCUCCUCCAACAUGUAGAGUUUUUCUUUCAGAAAAGGGCUUGGAACUGUUUAUGACAACAUUACAGGUUGUUGGAAAUCUAGAGACAGAGAAUCGAGUUCAGGUUGAAACUAAGAUAUUAGGAUUAUUGAAUAAUAUUGCGGAAGUUAAAGAAUUAAGAAAAGCUUUGAUGAGGGAAGAUUUUAUUAUGUUAGCAAAUCAGUUAUUAGAUGCUGAACAUAUUGAUGUAAGUUAUUUUGCUGCUGGUAUAGUAGCUCAUCUUGCCAGUGAUGGAGAAGAAACAUGGGUGAUAUCUGGUACAUUACGAAUAGAGGUCUUGGAAAAACUUGGUCAAGUAGUUUUAAACUGGGAACAACCACAGGGUGAAAUGGUAGCAUAUAGAUCAUUUAGUCCAUUCUUUCCCUUGUUAAUUUGUUAUGAUCUACCAUCAGUUCAACUGUGGGCAGUUUGGGCCAUAAAUCAUGUUUGUACUAAAAAUGAGAAACGAUAUUGUCCAUUAUUACAAGAAGAGGGAGGUGUGGAGAAACUACAAGCUCUACUAAAGAACGACACAACGCCAGAAGUACAAAAAAUAUCAAGGAAUAUUCUCGAACUUUUACACAAACAUGCCAAAAGCCAGUGAUAUAUUGUUUAAAAAAGAAUAUUAUACACCAGUCUGAUUUGUUCAGGGCCGAUGUUUUCUUUAUAUGUCAAUCUUGUUUUAAAAUUGGCCAACUGUGUAUGAACAACAGACAUACGGCCAUAUAAAAAAUAAUAUUCUCGUUCUCUGAUACUACUACACCACUUAAUACUGUCUUUACAACCGUUUUUAUUUUAAAAUGUAAAAAAUAUAAACAUCUUUGGCUUUGAUUACAACUUCCCACUGUUAAGGGAAGUAACUCUGUUAGACAUGUCCAGUAGGCUGAAUUAUCAAGUACACAAACUUGCUAAAUGUUUGGUAAAUGUUAUUGACAAUCUUCUUUCAUGGAUGAUAAUUCUCCUGCUUACUACAUCUAGUAAUGAGAAGGGAAUUACUCGUAUUAUACACCAUUUUGAUGGAAGGAGCAGUAUUCACAUUAGAAAUACAAAAUUUGUUCUUUCCUUCUGUAGAGAGAAAUAUUUACGGGUUUUAAAUAGAAACCUAUAUUUAAAGGAUUGUCUGAGAACCUGAAUUUUUUUGUAUGGCCUAAAUUCACUUUGUUAACAGAAGCUUAUGUUUAGACAAUGGUUAAAAAUGUCUACAUUAAUCUAAAUGUUUACCAUUUCCUAAAAUAAGUUACAUUCAUAAAGCCAUAACUCCGCUGUAUUAAACCCCAUUUCUGUUGUAUUCACCUCCCUCCAUUUGAUAUUUUAGUCCCCUUACUAUGUUAAAUUCCCAAAAAUGAACAAAUUUGAAGGUCAAAUUCAUAUCUUCCUGCUUGUCACUAUAAGAAUGCACCAAGAGUUUUUCAGUAAAGACAUUUCUAGAAAGUUAGGAACGACUCUUCUUUAGGAACUAACCAUGUUUUUGGAAGAAUUUCAAAAAUCUAAUUCACCAAGUCAAUGCAGAAUAUUUUCCUAAGAACAAACAUGCCAAUUUUCAUGCCGAUCGGACUUGAAUUGAUGGAGUCUUAGGCUUUUUCGAAGAGUGUUACCCCCUCAAGUCUGGUCCCCCCCCCCCAAAAUACUCUUUUACUUGUUCAGAUAUGAAAAAUACUGACUGGAUUUCAAAGCUGCUUUGCAGUUUGAAAUGGAAGUAUUUGAAUAUGUGCAAAUACUGGCAAAUUUUAGUAUCUACUGCUGUUUAAUUUAUUUGACAUAAGAAUAUAAACUAGAAAUCCUAAGGAGUACUGACGUGUUUCGGUAUAUCAAGUCACGUCACACCAUGUCACUUCAACAUUCAAGUCACACCAUGAAUUAUUGAGUAUAGUAACAUCCAAUACCUAUUAAAGUGAAAAAAAACUGUCAUUUUGAACUCUUAAUAAAACCAGAAGUUAUACCAAACUUUUUUAUAUUAAUUGUUAGUAGACAUUAGGAUCAUCAUACAUACAAAGGUCAUAGAAAGGUUAGGUCACCAUCUAGAUGGUGAAAAGUCGAACAAACUUCAAAGUGAAAUCGGAAGUAAACAAAAUCGAAAUUCAAAAAUCGGCUCCCUAAAGAUUGUUGCGAUUUGGAAUAGGUUCAGUACAAAAAAAAAGUUUUCAAAAAUCGGAAUUAAAAUGGCAGCUGAAUAUCGAUUUGAAUGUUUUUUGUAAAAUCCAUUAUGGCGGCCAAUCAGUUGAAAAUGUUAUCUAACAAGGUCUUUGAACAUGAAGGAUAUUAUCUGGGGCUAACACCACCAUUUAUAUCAUUUUUUGUCUAUUUUUAAAAUGGAGAGAACUAUUCAUGUUCAGGAAAAAUCGGAAGGCAUGGUAAUUUCCAGAAGUUUCCAGAAGCCGUCACAAAAUUUUUUAAUAUGCUAUUUUGAAGGCAGAUGUGUUCCUUAUUCCUUAUUUCAACUUGAUACCUCAAAUAGUGAUGGAGAUACGCCAUCUUGAAUGUCGAAAAAAUGCUGAAGAAAACUUUCGCAAAUCUUUGAUGCUAAUAUUAAUCAAGCAAACUUCCGAAUAUCAAAAAAACGUCCAUCAGAGCCCAUAUGGGAUUCAUCCAAAGAAGAUCCGUUAGGAAAUAACUUAGAUAUGGGCAAUCUGAGAUUAUUAUUUGUUUCAUCCGUAAAACACUUCCUGUUCAUCAAAAAUGACCCAAUUUAUAUUAAAUAAAUAGACCCACGGAGGCCAACCACAUCUACGUUGGCGGAAUGUUUGCAUCAUGUACAGUUUUGGCUGCACAAAAACAGUCGAGACAGUCGAAACGCAUUAAUUUAUGUUUUUUGUUAAUUUGACAGUUAGUGUUAUUGUCUUGAAACUUGCUAUACUUUCUUUUUCCUGCCAUAUCAAGCUUUGUUUAAAGUGGCUGUUUUUCUUAAUUCACCCUAUGAUUGCUUCAUUAUAAGCUCAUUUGACUCCUAUCUUGUGCUGGAGGCACAGUAACUUAAUUAGUAAGAUGCUGGAUUUCUGUUUUCAGUGUUGACAGAGAAAGUUACUUAGGAUUUACCAUGUCAGUGGUGCAGGAUGGCGAGUCUGGCUAGGAAAAACUUCUAAUCAUUUGGAUGUUGAUGUGAAUGUAAAAUAAUUGUUGCCGUCCGAGCAAAAUGACCAUUCAAAGCACACUGCAUGGUAUCUACCCCUCUUUAUUAGCCACUUUAGUUCAUAAAAACCCAUUUGUCACCUGUUUAUAUGGUAUCAGUAAGUUUAAAAGUAAUGAAUGGGCACAUUUUAUAUUUAAUGAGUAUAGUAUGAUAUAGAUUACUUGUAAUAUCAUAACUUUGCAGUAGCUCAGAUAAACAGUGCAAUAAUAACUCAAUUGCUAAAAUAUUGCACAGUUAGGAUCCAAUGUUAAAUAUAAGCUAUUUAGUGGCAGAUAUUAUGAUAAGUUAUAGUAGAAAGGUUAUUUGGAAAUAAGAAAUCAAAGGAUUGUUACUAUAUAGAUAGGUAUAUUUAAUUUGUUAUUUUUGAUGUAGUUUGUUAUUAAUAAUCUGUUUUGUUAUUAUUUAAGGUUUUUGUAUUCUAAGAAAAAUUUAUAUUUAUCUUAAAUUUAUAUGUCAAAGUGCUCUGUUUAAUAGUUUAAUAAUAUGAAAUAUGUUAUAUAGAUAUGAUAAGUAAAUACUGGUACAGCAACAAGAAUUUUUAUGUACUGGUGACAGUUCCACACAACCAUGUUUUUUGUACAGUACAUGGUUAUUUCAUCGGUUAGUGCAGUGUUGACAUAAAUAUGGGUAUGGUAGCUCCAAUGCAGCUCUUUUACUUACCUGAACUAUCACCUUCUCGAUUUAAAAAGCAUACUAUUACAACACAAAAAAGUGAAAUCAAAGAUUUGAUUAUUGAGAUACAUUCAUUUCCAAGGAUUGAGGAAAUCCAAAUUCUUUCUUGAAAUCUUGAGUUUAGGAUGUUACAAAUCAUUGUUUUCUUGUUAAAUUGUCAAAUUAAUUUAAUGUUAAAAACAAAUUGGAACUAUGACAAAUGGCAACUGUUUAUUACAAUAUAUCUUAUUGAGGUUUUUUCUCUAAAAAUAAUUAUUAACCUAUGAUUCAAUAGAUGUGUUUCUGACAAUUAGUUAAAUGUUUUUUUGGUUUUUUUUACUGGAUUGUUAUCAAAGUUUCCACUCAUCUAUAAGAAUUAUUAGGGUGGGGUAGUGCUAGUAGUGAACACUGUGGUACAUGUAUGUAUACAGUAGCGGUGGUGCUAGGAUUUUCACAAAUUCUCACCUAAAUGCACAAUUUGGGGUGUGCGCUUGAUAAGAAAGAAACAUAAACAACAAAAAUAAUUGCAUCUUGGGGUCGAACUAAAAGGGGGUAAAUCAGUUCAUGGAAUCUUGAUAUGACUAGCUUGGAAUGAAUAGUACGUACUUCACUAAAUUGCAAAUGGUGUUUGUCAGUUAGAUGGGGUUGGAUGUGUGUGUGAGA